CCCGGGGCAAACCAUUAUAACCCCUCAUUUUGACACUUCCUCAUCACUUUUUUCGUGCUCUCCUGCUAGAUUAAAAGUUUCUUCAAACUCACUACUACUACUAUACUCAAUUGAGGCUCUGCGGGGUAUCGCGCUAGACGUGGGGUUUUCGGAACUCGGAAACAGUCCAACAACUACGAAUUGUCGAUUAUUACUACGAUACCAUCAACAUGGUUACUAUCACAGGCUCUGAGACGAGGGAUGUCCGCUUCCCAACAUCCCUCGACAAGACCGGUUCCGAUGCGAUGAACGCGGCAGGAGAUUAUUCCUCCGCAUACUGCAUCCUGCACACAGAUUCCGAGUUCAAGGGACAUGGCAUGACCUUCACUAUUGGCCGCGGAAACGAAAUUGUUUGCACCGCCAUCGCCCACCUUGCAGAGCGCAUCAAGGGCCGGACCCUAGAGUCGCUAGUCGAGAACUGGGGCAAAACAUGGCGCCAUCUCGUCAACGACAGCCAACUGCGCUGGAUCGGCCCCGAAAAGGGCGUAAUCCACCUCGCUCUCGGAGCCGUGGUAAACGCAAUCUGGGAUCUCUGGGCCAAGACACUCGGAAAGCCCGUCUGGAGAAUCGUUGCAGACAUGACGCCCCAACAAAUCGUCGACCUGAUCGAUUUCCGCUACAUUACCGACGCCCUCACCCCAGAGGAGGCGCUCGAGAUUCUAACGAAGAGCGAGCAAGGGAAGAAGGAGCGUCUUGAAGAAGCACUCAACUCCCAGGCCGUACCCGCAUACACCACCUCCGCCGGCUGGCUCGGCUACGGUGAGGACAAGAUGCGCGGCCUACUGAAAGAGACUUUGGCAAAGGGGUACAGGCACUUCAAGCUCAAGGUAGGAAGCGAUGUAGCUCAAGACAAGCAGCGCCUGAGCAUUGCCCGGGAAAUCAUCGGUUUCGACAAGGGCAAUGUGCUCAUGGUGGAUGCCAAUCAAGUGUGGAGCGUGCCGGAGGCGAUUGAGUAUAUGAAGGAGUUGAAGGAGUUCAAGCCCUGGUUCAUUGAGGAACCUACUUCACCCGAUGACGUCCUCGGCCACAAAGCCAUCCGCGAAGCGCUAAAGCCCUACGGCAUUGGCGUCGCAACAGGCGAAAUGUGCCAAAACCGCGUCAUGUUCAAGCAAUUCCUCGCCUCAGGGGCAAUCGACAUCUGCCAAAUCGACGCAUGCCGUCUAGGUGGUGUAAAUGAAGUCAUCGCCGUCCUGCUCAUGGCCGCCAAAUUCGGCGUCCCCAUUGUACCGCACAGCGGCGGUGUCGGUCUACCAGAAUACACGCAGCAUCUUUCCACCAUCGACUAUGUCGUUGUUUCAGGCAAGAAGUCCGUCCUGGAGUACGUUGACCACCUUCAUGAGCAUUUCUUCCACCCCUCCAAAAUCGAGGGAGGGUACUAUGUUACGCCCAUGGAUCCAGGGUACAGUGUGGAGAUGAAGCCUGAAAGCAUGGAUAAGUUCAGCUAUCCUGGCAAGGACGGUGUCAGCUGGUGGAAGAGCGAUGAGGCCAAGCCCAUUCUCGAGGGUAUUAAAAUCUAGAUGAGAGAUUGUCACUGUAGCUAAAAGGUUAUACACCGAAUGCCAGGUAUCUCAAUAAAAAGAAUCUAUCCCCAGCCGGCAAACCCGUUGACAAGGCCAG